AUGUCUUCUGUAGAAAUUAGACCCGCUACUGUUGAUGAUGUCCCUACUAUCCUUCAAUUCAUCAAAGCCCUUGCUGAAUAUGAAAAACUUUCUGAUCAAGUAGUUGCUACUGAAGAUAUUCUUCGCGAAACUCUCUUUGGUGAACGCAGUUAUGCUGAAGUGAUUAUUGCUGAUGCCAAGCGUACACCUGAAUCAGAAUUAGAACCUGCUGGCAUGGCUCUUUAUUUCCACAACUUUUCUACUUUCCAAGGUCGCCCUGGUAUUUAUUUAGAAGAUCUGUAUGUGCAUUCCCAUUUCAGAGGCACAGGCAUUGGUAAGAAACUAUUGAUUCAAUUGGCUGUGCUUGCCAAGGAACGCAAAUGUGCUCGAUAUGAAUGGGUGUGCUUGGAUUGGAACAAGUCUUCAAGAAACUUUUAUGAAGCACUUGGUGCUAAACCUCAAUCUGAAUGGAUUAUUCAUCGCGUGGAAGGAAAAUCACUGGAUGAUCUUGCUGCCAUGUAA